GUGUAAACUUAUGAAGUUCAGAGUGCACUGCCACAGAGUGCGGAUGUUUUUUUUACUGAAGAGUCCGUCACCCUGUUAGAUGUGCAGCAGAGAGAGUUGCGUACAGUCGACGAGGGCCAGAUUGUUGUUCACAGUGACAGGUGACAGGGAAGGAUGUUAUGAGAUGCACGCUGCCAUCGUGUGACGAGCAUGUGUUGUAUGUUUAGGUAGAGCAGAGCAGUCACUGUCUCGUUCUGGUUGGCAUACAGUGUCUUGUCACAUUUACCCUGAUUGUCGUGCACUGUUAAGGGAGAUCAGGGGAGCUUCAGUUUCACCACAAAACUGAGAACUUUCAAGAUGAACGUUUACUGGAUACCCACGAUCCUCCUCUCCCUCUCCAGUGCUGCCAACAUGAUAAGCUCAAACAACUGUAAAGACAAGCUCAGAACGUUCAAUGUGGUCCGUGUGUUUGUCAACGGCACUGCAUCUGUCAGCUGCCCCAACCUGACAGGCAAGGACCAGGAGGAGAUGAUAUUCCACCUAUACCUGGGCUUGGUCGAGGUUGGCAACCACACUCACAACAAUGGUCACAACCACAACUCCACAGAGACCGUGAGUCCUGUUGGGGAGGGUCUGGGGCUGAGGGUGAACGAACAGGACCAUACGGUCAGUUUUGUCCUCUCUGGAAUGACCACGGAGCGCGCUGGAGUCUAUACCUGUGAGGGGUACCCCAUGUACCCACCUCCCAUUGAGAAAGUACCAGACGAGCCUCAGACCUUGGUCCUGGUUGAAGCUCUCCAGUGCCAGGCAAGGAAGCCUGUGGGAUGUGUAGGCUCUGCUUGGACAUGGGUACUGGGGUUCUGGGUCACCAUCAUCUAUGGCCUGGCUGUCACUGUCAUCGCCUUUGCCAUCCGGCUCAGACUGAGGAGAGUGGAGUGUUCCCAGAGCGACGACAUGAACAUCAAACCCAAAGCUCCACUCAGGUGGCCCAGGAAGAAGCAGGGGGUCCAGCAUCCAAUCCGAAUGGGACGAUACUGACCACUGUCAUCCUCAGAUCAGAGUUGAGCCACAAUUUGCCUUUGAGAGCGGACUUCUGAAACACACCAAGUUUUCCAUGUAAACCAGUUCUCCAUGUAAGCCAGUUCAUCAAGUCACAUGGUACACAUCUAAUUGUACAACUGAUUGCGUGUCAAUAAAGAUUUGAGUUAUAUAUUA